CGAGACUCAAAUCGAUUCCAGCGGCCAAAUUCUGAGCAUUCCCGAGUCGGCAAGUCCAGAGAUUUCCCAGAAGGAAUUUUCUAGGGUUUUGGAAUGAUUUUUUGGUUUUUCUUCCAAAAUAUUGAAUUCGAUUAAUGGGGGCGUAAAAGCUCUGAUUCUGCUAUUGCUUUUGCUGUCGUUUUGGUGUAGUAACAUGGCAGAGAGAAACACAAUACUCACCUCUGAGAAACAUUCCACUCCUUCCUCUCUGAAUCCUCCCUCCCGCAUUAUCUGUCAUGUAUGCCAUAAGCAAUUUUCACUCUAUACGUGCCCUCGAUGCAAUUCUCGUUACUGUUCACUUCAGUGCUUCAAGUCUCAUAGUCUUCGAUGUACGGAAUCAUUCAUGCGAGAAAAUGUAGUGGAGGAGCUUCAACAUAUGCAGUCUAAUGAUGAAACCAAGCAAAAAAUGCUAGAGAUAUUGAAACGACUUCAUUUGGAGGAAAAGAUGGAUCACACGGAUGAGGAGGAUGAUUGCAUUCUGUCUGAAGAGACUGCUCAAAAGAUUUUGUCUGGAGUUUCAAUCAGUUUGGAUGAUCUAUCUGCAGAAGUGAAGAAACGGUUCCAAAGAGCUGUGGCAUCUGGAGAACUUAGCAAGUUGAUUGAGCCUUGGGAUCCAUGGUGGUUGAAACGUUCUGCCAGAUCAACCUCUCUCAGUAAGGAUGGAACUCAACUUGUACAACCUAUUGUUGAGCAGGAAGCAUCAUCAUCAAAUCAGGAUGACGAUGUGGGUGGCCAUUCUAGAGAGAUUCCCCCUGGCCCUGAAGGUCCGCUAACCCCAAUUAAGAAGCUUCUUCUUUCUACAGAACCAUCGCCAUUGUUAGCUGUUCACUUGGUUGACAUUUUGUAUAGCUAUUGCUUCACAUUGCGGCUUUACAAUGGAGAUUGGCAAUCAGAUGCCACUGGAUCAGCUAUGGUGGUGUUCGGUGUAUCCUCUGUCUUGAGUCAAGGUGGGCAGCCAGAAACCGUAAUGGAAGCUGUGUCUUACUGCUUGGAAAAAACUUGCUCUCCAGGCUACAGGCAUAUGGGCGGAUUGCAAUUUGGAUUGGGUCUGAUCACUGAUGUAAUAAGCCUACUAUCACUGGGGGGUCCUGCUAUAAUCUGUGCACUCUGUGAUCUGCAGAGGCUAAUUCGGGCUGGGGAGGGGGAGCUGAAAGCUGAGAAAUCAAGAACUUUAAGAAGGUCAGAAACCAGAAACAAGCUGAAGCUUGCUGAGAGGAAGGUUUAUUUUAUUAUGUGUUGGGUGCAUGAGCAGCCAGGGGAAGCUUGGUCUUCCUUGGCUGCCAUUGUAGAGGCAGAGAGAAUCAAAGUCAUGGAGUAUAAUAAGGAUAGAACUUCUGCAGGAGUGAAGAAUAACGCAGGGAAAAAAGGGAAAGUUUCAAUCGAAGAGAUGAGUUAAGCUAACUAUUGUUUUUAUGAUCAGCUCAGCUUAAUCCUGUGUAAAUUUAUUUAUUUAUUUAUUUAUUUAUACACCUGGUUAGUGCCAUUUUCUGUAAACUAGCUGGAAUUAAUAAAACGUUAUGCCGUUUUGAGAGUCA